CUGCGGCGGCAGUCUUAUCAUGAGACGAGUGCGGGCGGGCGGCGGCGGCGGGUUGUGGGACGCGCCGGGGGGCCGUCAGACACGCACAAACGCUCGUCCACACGCUAUCAAAUUCGGCCGUGACCGUGAGGUCGCGAUUCUCUCAUCGUCCGGCCCGCGCGAACAAAAUGAUGACUCGAGGCGCGGCCGCGCACCGAAGCGCCUGCGCGGGUGUGCCGCUGAGACAGGUCGCUGCGGCGCGUGGCUAAGGCGCGCGGCAACGGUUUAGAUGCGACGAAGACCUCCUUCUUCCGCGCCAAUCCUGGGCCGCGAGGCGCACUGCUGGGCGACUCCCUUUUGGAGGCCCGCGCCGCGGCGCGUAAAGAGCACGGUACUUGUAAGAUUUCGAGCGGACGCGGCGCGCGACGCGGACGGAGGAGCAGCGGGCGCUGGCUCGUCGGCGUCGGGCGUCAUGGCGCGCCGGCCGGACAAGCCACGGAUUGCCACGGAUUGUGCAGUUGUUUGAGGAGGUGUACCCAAAACUGGACUGCAAGUGCGUUCAAGAAUUCAAAUUAAGACGUGCGACGUAGGGCCAGCCAUUGCACGCCAUCAGCUGCCAUAGGCACCAUGGUACCGUAGAGCUAGGUACCGCAGGUACCGUACCGUAGGUAGGUACCGUAGGUACCGUAGGUACCGUAGUAGAGAGAGAAACCUACUAGCCCUUCCUACCCUAUGUACGUAGUUCGUCUAUCUUGGUGGUGC